AUGCCGAUCCGCGUCAGGUCCCGUCCGUUGGCGGGCGAUGGUUCCUUACGGACCCCGUCCCCUUUCGCCCGUCAAGCCCGCUUCGGCCCCGAGCUCCCGGACAUUUCGGAGGACGACAGCUUCCGGCUAGUUGUCAAGAAGCUCUCAGUAUUCAUUGCCGGCACCAUUCUGCUGCCCAGCACAUUCGAGCAGCUGCGGACAACUGGAGCCGGCGACAGCCUACGGCUGCUCGUUGACCAUCUGGGCCGCACUUGCACACACCCUGCCAUCGUGAACGCAUUGCUCGCCUUGAAGUGGCAUUACGGCGCCAUCACAGAAGACAAGGGCCUGAAUGAGGCCAGGGCUAGUGCCUGUGAAAUCGUGGCCUGGCGUUUUCUCACCCACCUGUCCGAGCGGGAGGCUGUUGACUAUUGCCUCUAUGAGAUUCCCGACCCCAAGUGUUCAGGGACCAGGAGUGGCAGUGACGAGGAGGAGGCUGCCGCCGAUGAGCACAGCCCUCUUCUGGAGCAGGUUGUCGAGACCGCCGUGAGCUCAGCACGCCGCGCCCGCAGGGAGACGGUGAGCAGCAAACGGAAUUUGUUGUUGCAGUCACUAUCUCGCCUCACCAUGAGCAUGACAGCCGAGGAUGAUGACGACGAGGAGGACGAGGACGAAGACCCCACCGCGCAUUUCACCAAUCUCAACGCCUUGGAGAUAGCCGCCAUUGCCGACGCGAAGCGCUUCCUCAGUCAGGCUGUUGUUCAGAAGAUCAUUACUGGGAUAUGGCAAGGCGACAUUAUCUUCUGGGACACGCUUGCUGUCCACUCGGUCAAGAAGCCCCGCUUCUAUAACCCCAACACUGCAGACCCCUUUUCGCGUCUUCGUGUGCCCAAGUACCUCAAGUCAUUCGAGGUCUUGUUUUUCGCCAGCUUUCUCUUCCUCUACUAUGCCGUCCUCGUGGAACGUGACCCAAUGCGCAUUACUACGCUUGAGGUCUUUUUGUACAUGUGGUUCGUGGCGUUUGCGUAUGACGAGCUCAGCGAGUGGAUCGACGCUGGGUCCAUCUUCUACGCUACAGACGUUUGGAAUAUUUUUGAUAUGGCCAUGAUUGGUAUCGGCGUUGCCUAUGGAGUCAUGAGGAUUGUCGGACUAGCAACUGACAACCCUCGCCUGGUCGAUUUGGCCUUUGACAUCCUAUCGCUGGAAGCGCUAUUCAUGGUUCCACGUGUCUUCUCCAUCCUCAGUUUGAGUCCAUACUGGGGUACCCUCAUCCCCUGCCUUAAGGAGAUGGGAAAGGACUUCCUAAAGUUCAUGGUUCUCGUUGUCAUCGUCUACCUAGGUUUUCUAACCACAUUUUCUCUCGUUGGCCGGGAAGCUUAUUCACUACGACACAUGACCCUGUUCCUCACAAAAAUUUUCUUCGGUUCCAGCUAUGUCGGCUUCGACAUCAUGUACGACAUCGACCCGGUCUUUGGCCCACCUCUUAUGAUCGUCUUCAUCACGCUCAGCUCCAUCCUUCUCACGGGCUCCCUGACGGGUAUGCUGUCCAACAGCUUCUCGCGCGUCAUCACGCACGCCCGUGAGGAGUACCUCUACGUCUACAGCGUCUACGUGCUCGAGGCCUCAACCAGCAACCGUCUGACCCAUUUCUACCCGCCCUUCAACCUCCUUGCGCUGGUCAUUUUCCGCCCGUUGCGCCUCUUCCUGCCUUCGGACAGCAAGUUCCGCCAAGCGCGCAUCCUCUUGCUCAAGGCCACCCACCUCCCCAUCGUCGCCGCCAUCGAGUUGUACGAGUGGCUCCGCGGGGCCCCGUCGGGUAGGGGCACGCAGUACAGCGCCUUCCGCGGCCCCGGGAGGUCAUCGGCGGCCCUCGGCAGCCCCCGCCCUCCCAAAAACUGGAGGCCGGCCACCCACAGGCAGUCGGCCUCGUCGCUGCGCGCCGACCCGUCGUUUCACACGUUACGCCCCCCGCCGGCAGCCUCCGCCUCGUUAUUGGACGCUUCUGGCGCUGGCGGGACGCUCCCGCCGCCGCCGCGCCUCACGAGGGAGCAGCGGCAGGCGGCCGACGAGGCGGCGGAGGAGCAGGCUUUUGGCGAUCAAUCGACUGAUGUCGAGGUCCGGAUUGCGGACCUGGCGGCAAAGAUUGAUCGCUUGACUGACCUUGUCCUCUCGUUACAAGCACAGCAGAGUCGCGGGUUAACGGAUGUUUCGGUUGCUUCCUGA